GGCUGCCAGGUCCACCAGCACCUAACGUGUAAACAGUACCUCUGCUGUAAGCUGAGGAUGCCGAAGUCUUUGGCUCUCAAAACUGGAGUUUGGAGCCAAAUCUACAAUGACCGUUAAGCUGUGAUAGAGUUGUAAAACGUUUGUCAUUCUGGCUAAUGCAAAUAGAGCUACUUGCACGAAUAUAUAAAUAGAGAGAUUUGUUUAAGCUGCCGUGGUGUAGUGAUGGAGGACAGAUUAAACGCAAAUUUAGGCUUUUGUUAUAGGUGUGUUGGUUUUUUUUUUUUUCUUUUUAAAUAGGAUCUGGUUUUGAAGUCAAUAGAAGUAAAGAUAGAAAUAGGAAUAAAAAUGGGGAACUUUUAGUGCCGUGGUACGUUUUGCACUUUCCUUUUCCCUCUCCAUAUUUCUCAAUCUCGAAUAAAUCUGGUUGUGGAGAAGAAUGGUAACACAGAGCCUGAAUGGGGGUGCUUAUCAUCGUAAGAACUGACCUUCCUUUUAGACACUUCCUGGUUUUAGUCUAAUGCUAUAACUUUCAGUUAUUGUUGCUGGCAGAUUAAAGGACUCUGCUUGUAUCAAAUAUCAACAUACUUUUAAAAAAGCAAAACCAAAAAUUACUGUCCUGCUUGCUGUUGGAGUUUGUGAAGAUGUGGAUAUGCACGCAUGGGUGUAAUGGUCCAGUCUGGUGACAUGAAAUCGAUAGACUGAGGAGCAGAUUGUUUUAGAUUGGAAACUGUAACUGGAGGCAUUUCCUAGGAAAUCUGAAGGGCUGCUUCAGCACCUGUCCCUUCUUGCCCCAGAAAUCCCGCUUGCGUGUGGAAUACCACAAGUAAGCUUCAGAUUGCCGGAUGGGCUGCACGUACUUUUUUCUGCUUUAACAUUUUCCAUACACGUAGGGUUUUUUUUUUUAUUGUUGAUGUUUAAGAAUAUAAUGCAGUUUUAAUUUAACGUAAUGCCAUCAUUUAAUAAGCGGCAGUUAUUUCCAAUGACUUUAUUUUGCUUUCUCCAAGCAAGAGUAAUUUUGACAGUUGUUAGGGCAGAUAACCGAAAGUGCAUGGCAGAGAGACACAGCAUUGCAAAGUGGGACAAUGGGGACUUCCAGAAAGUGCUGUAGCGCAUUAUCUUCAGGAAAUGGCCUCUUCUAAGUCCUUGAUGAACGUUCUAACCUUCAGUUUUGGAUCUGCAAUAGGAUUUUUCCUAUGCUAUCUUCUGUUUAGCAUGAUACUGGAAGAAAAGGUUGAAAUCCAACCUCAUAUUCUUCACAAUGAUCCACACGGCCAACACUCAGCAGAUACGGAUAACGAUCAGUUGCAAGGACAAAUGAAUUUCAACGCAGACUCUGGACAGCACAAAGAUGAGAAUAAAAAUGUUGCAGAUGGACUGUAUCAGAAGGUGAAAAUACUUUGUUGGGUCAUGACUGGACCUCAAAAUCUAGAAAAGAAAGCCAGGCAUGUUAAGGCCACUUGGGCCCAACGUUGUAAUAAAAUACUUUUUAUGAGCUCUGAGGAAAAUAAAGACUUCCCAGCUGUGGGCCUAGAAACCAAAGAAGGCAGGGACCAACUGUACUGGAAGACUAUUAAAGCUUUUCAAUACGUGUAUGACCAUUAUUUUGAUGCUGCUGAUUGGUUCAUGAAAGCAGAUGAUGAUACAUAUGUUAUAUUGGACAACCUGAGAUGGCUUCUUUCAAAAUACAGUCCUGAGCAACCGAUAUACUUUGGAAGAAGGUUUAAGCCUUACGUGAAACAGGGCUACAUGAGUGGAGGAGCAGGGUAUGUUCUAAGCAAAGAAGCUCUGAAGAGAUUUGUUACUGCAUUUAAAACAAACAAAUGCUCUCACAGUUCCUCUAUUGAAGACCUAGCACUAGGAAAGUGCAUGGAGAUCAUUAAUGUACAAGCAGGAGAUUCUAGGGAUACAAAUGGCAGGGAAACCUUUCAUCCCUUCGUUCCAGAACAUCUCCUAAUCAGAGGAUACCUACCAAAAACAUUCUGGUACUGGAAUUACAAUUAUUACCCUGCUGUAGAGGGUCCCGGAUGCUGCUCCGACCUAGCCGUUUCAUUCCACUAUGUUGACUCCAUGACUAUGUAUCAUUUGGAAUAUUUGAUUUAUCAUCUCCGUCCAUAUGGGUAUUUGUAUCGGUACAAUCCUGAUUCGGCAAAGCAUCUAGAAGAGCAGAACAAAAAUGAAGCACUAGAGGAUAAUCAAAAGCUAAAGCAAACAAUUUCUGAGAAUUAAAUGGACUUUGAAGGAAACUGAAGGAAGCCAGUACAGAGAAAAAGGGUCUUCCCCAUCUCCUGCAUGAAGCUUGUGGACUAGAAUUAUUCGUGGUGAUUCUUAUUUCAAAAAUCACGUUGGCAGUACUUCCAGCCAGUGUCUGUGCACAACAGAGUCCAGUGAGGGCUCUGACUGUUUGGGAUAGUAUGAUCUUGCAGCCCUACUCAUGAAGAUUUGGGGCCCUAAAGCUGUGAAAUAGGAGGUUGUUCUGGUACAUUAAUCUCUGGAAGAACUUGUAUUAAAAACAUAGUGAACAAGUUCAAAGA